CUCCUAGCCUGGACCUGCUCUGAUACUCUGUUUACAGUGGCAGGGAUCAUUCUCCGCUAGCUUUUGCUGUGGAAUAUACUGCUGGUUCCAGGGAAGGGGAGCGAUACUGUCCUGCCACUCGAGCUCUUCCAUUUGCCCCUGCCGUGGGGGAGAAGACUUUGAGAAGAUGGAGAACCAGAGGGGAGUGCUCUUGGGAUAUGUCCACUGGGAAGGAGAAGAUGAUGGGGAUGAGGAGGAUGGGGUGGCUCCUGGUGCUUCUCCUCCCAGCCAAAUGGGCAAACUGGAAGGUGUGCAGGUGGAGAUGCUCGAGAAAGCAAGGGAGCUCUUCCAGCUGUGUGACAAGGACAAGAAGGGUUUUAUCACGAAGGUGGACAUGCAGCGGCUCCAGAGUGAACUGCCCCUAACCCCUGAGCAGCUGGAGACUGUUUUCGACAGCUUGGAGCAGAACAAUAAUGGAUACCUGACACCUGUGGAGUUCAGCAUGGGACUGGGAAAAUUACUAGGGAUUGAAUUGUGUCAAGGUGCUGGGAGAAUGGAUCACUCCAGACACGAGGAGACCUUUGAGUCAGGCUGGACAGAUGACUUGGACCCGGCAGAUGAUGAUGAUGAAGAGAAACGAUUCUGUUCCAUGAUGGAGCAGCUUGGAGCAGCCCAGAUGUUUGAAGAUCCACAUGAGAUUCGGGAGCUCUGGGCUCGGCUACGAAAGGAGCGUCCGGAGCUCUUAUCCAAUUUUGAAGAGUUUCUGUUGCGUGUUUCAUCAUACAUAAGGGAGGUGAAUCACGAGAAGGAGUCUAUGGAACAGGCACUGAAGCGGAAGGAGACAGACCAUGACCGAGAAGUCAGGUGCCUUUAUGAAGAAAUGGAGCAACAGAUCAAAGCAGAAAGGGAGAGGCUGAUCUGCCAGGAAGCACUGAGACAUGACAGGAGUAACCUGCUCCAGAAGGAACUGCGCAGCAAAGAGCAGGAGCUGGAGAAAAUCCUCUACCGCCAGAAGAAGCUGGAACAUCAGCUACAGUCGCUGAACUCAGAGCAGCUGGAGACCCGCGUGCAGAACGAAAGGCUGCGGCACCUGAAUGAAAACCUGCUGGAAGAGCUGGAGAAGAGCAAAUGGGAGCUGGAGGCAGUGAAGGGGCAAUUACAGAAGCUCCAGAAAGAGGCUCAGCUUGAGCAAGAGCAGAAGGACAGGGAUGUAUUUAGAGUCUCCAAGAACAUGCAGAAAGAGAAACAAAGCCUCCUUCGGCAGCUGGAACUCCUCAGAGAGAUGAACAAGAAACUUCGAGACGAGCGAGACGCUUUUGAAGCCAAGAAGCUGGCGCCUCAGAGCAAAAAGCCCCUGUUGAAGAAAGGGUCAGUGCUAGGCAGUUACCUGCUGGACGACAAGCCGGUCAAACGACAACUGGCCUCUGCGGACCUUCCCUUCACCUUCCUGGUGGAUGUGGCAGUGGAGGAACCCAACAGAAAGAACUGUAAAUACAUCCCAGGCAACAGGACGUGGCUGAAGACAGGAGAAAGAGGCAGCACAAACUUCGGGGAGAAGAGCAGAGACAAGGAGAGAUGGUCCCUGGCAGCAGAUGCUGAGUGGUUGAAGAUGACUCUGAAGGGGGAUGAUGACUGUAGAAAAAACGCAGAUGGAUUAGAUGAUGCUCCAUUGCCUCCUAGAGGUCAGCCCGUUGGCACCGAAACCAGGCUCCAGGCACUGGAAGCAGCCAGCCCUUCCCCAGACCGCAUCUUUAAAGUGGUGUUUGUAGGGAACUCCGGUGUUGGGAAGAGUUCCUUCAUCCACCGCUUCUGCUAUGACAGGUUCUUGGCUGAGCUCAAUGCAACCAUCGGUAUCGAUUACCAGGUGAAGAGUCUGAUGGUGGAUAACACCCAGGUUGCCUUACAGCUGUGGGAUACAGCUGGACAAGAAAGGUUUCGGAGCAUUACCAAGCAGUAUUUCCGGAAGGCAGAUGGGAUUCUGGUGAUGUAUGACAUUACAGCUGAGUGCUCCUUCACGGCGGUGCGGAACUGGAUGAGCAGUGUCCAGGAAGGUAUUGAGGAUGGAGCUGUGGUGUUUCUGCUUGGGAAUAAAAUGGAUGCUGCACAGAGAGAGACCCGGAAUGUGCCCAGGGUGGAGGGGGAAAGGCUGGCGAAGGAAUACAAGGCCGUGUUCUACGAGUGCAGCGCGAUGACUGGCUAUAACAUCGUGGAGCCCAUGCUGCACAUGGCCAGGUUGCUGACGGCACAAGAGGACAGGCAGAGGGAGAAUGCCCUGCAGCUGGAAGAUGUCAGCAGGAGGAAAAGGCACAAGAUGUGAUCCUGCAGCUGUGAAGCAGUGCCCCAGCCUUGCAGCAUAGGGAAGGCCUAUAUUUACCCGCUGUUUUCCUCUCUUGGGACAAGAUGAUUACUCAACAUCUGUUUAUUGCACAAAUUUCUCUGGGAACAUCCCAUGCAGGAAAAGUGCUCUGAGUCACCUAUAGCCCAUCAGUGGUACAAAGGAUUUCCGUGGUUCCUCCCAGUACCUUUUACUGCUGACAGGAAAGGAAGUUCUCUGGAAGAGCAGGAUUCCUGACUAAAAGGAAUAGCUAAAAGUAAUAAGUUCCUGCUCAGUCCUUGCUGCCACCUGGCUGCAGCUCAUGCUGUGUUUAACUGUUUUAAUGCCUUCCAGAGACUGGGAAUUAGAACUUUGGAAGAGGUCCAGAAGGAACCAGGGCUGCUGGUAGGGAGUCUAGAGUAAUCCCAGCAGUGCUGCUUGUGUUUGCAAGAAACGAUGUCUGGGAAGGGAAAUCCUCUCUGUUUUCAGAAAGCACCGCUAAUCUGCACACAGAUGUAGCUUUCUAGGCAACGUGGGCAUGAAUGAGCACAGAUGUGCUCACCUGUUGAACAGGUCAGUCCCAUCCCUGAGUUGCUGUCAGUGAUUCCUCUGCCUCAUGCUCCAGUUGCGGAUCAGUGAGGAGCGGCGCUGACUGCGAACUGGCAUCUUUGGUCGGAGCACAUCAGUACUGCUAACGUUUACCCACCCGCAGCAGCAGGAUUUGGGAAGCUGCUGCAGGAGGAAGAGAGUAGUAGCCGUGGUCUGAAUGCAUACCUCCCAUACUGUGUACACAGGACGUGAAAGAUAAAAGCAUGAAAUACAGCUGCCACACAGCUACGGGCCAACCUACGUAUUACCUUUAUCAGUGCUGUCAUAUUGCAAUGGCAAGAACUAUCGUGGGUUUUGUAAUGUACAACCUUAAGCAUGUUUUCUCAGUGUGCAAGCAGAGUACAGGCAAUAAAG